AUGCAGUCCGUCCCAGAGUCACGACAGCAGUCAUUUGAGGAGAUCUACGGACCCCCAGAGAACUUCCUCGAGAUUGAACAAACCCCGGACAUCCCCACCCAAACCUCGUCAUUACCCCCAUUACCCACUCCAAAUAGUAGACUGACAAGCCGAAUCAAGGUUCGCAACCCCCAAACCCAUGGCACAUCGCGGAACAUGUACACAUCGUAUGAGAUCGUGUGCAGCACCAACAUCCCCGCCUUCAAGCUGAAACACUCGGUCGUGCGCCGUCGGUACUCUGACUUCGAGUACUUCCGCGAUAUCCUAGAGCGCGAGAGCACGCGCGUCACGAUACCCCCGCUGCCAGGCAAAGUGUUCACGAACCGGUUCAGUGACGAUGUCAUUGAGCACCGUCGGGAAGGUCUCCAGCGCUUCCUUCAGAUUGUCGCUGGACACCCCCUCCUGCAAACCGGAAGCAAAGUUCUGGCAAGCUUCAUACAGGAUCCCAACUGGGACCGCAAUGCGUGGUAG